CCGAGAGGCUAGGGAAUGGAGGGCCAUUUCCUUGCCCCCAAAGAAGCAUCUUGGAUCUGGCUAUCUCGGAGUGUGAUCCGCCUUAUCAUGCAGUACUUGAAGGAGAACAGUUUACAUCGGGCGUUAGCCACCUUGCAGGAGGAGACUACUGUGUCUCUGAAUACUGUGGACAGCAUUGAGAGUUUUGUGGCUGACAUUAACAGUGGCCAUUGGGAUACUGUGUUGCAGGCUAUCCAGUCUCUGAAAUUGCCAGACAAAACCCUCAUUGACCUCUAUGAACAGGUUGUUCUGGAAUUGAUAGAGCUCCGUGAAUUGGGUGCUGCCAGGUCACUUUUGAGACAGACGGAUCCCAUGAUCAUGUUAAAACAAACACAGCCAGAGCGAUAUAUUCAUCUGGAGAACCUUUUGGCCAGGUCUUACUUUGAUCCUCGUGAGGCAUACCCAGAUGGAAGUAGCAAAGAAAAGAGAAGAGCAGCAAUUGCCCAGGCCUUAGCUGGUGAAGUCAGUGUGGUGCCUCCAUCUCGUCUCAUGGCAUUGCUGGGACAGGCACUGAAGUGGCAGCAGCAUCAAGGAUUGCUUCCUCCUGGUAUGACCAUAGAUUUGUUUCGAGGCAAAGCAGCUGUCAAAGAUGUGGAAGAAGAAAAAUUUCCUACACAACUGAGUAGGCAUAUUAAGUUUGGUCAGAAGUCACAUGUGGAGUGUGCUCGAUUUUCUCCAGAUGGUCAGUAUUUGGUCACUGGGUCUGUUGAUGGAUUCAUUGAAGUAUGGAACUUUACUACUGGAAAAAUCAGAAAGGAUCUUAAGUACCAGGCCCAGGAUAACUUUAUGAUGAUGGAUGAUGCUGUCCUGUGCAUGUGUUUCAGCAGAGAUACAGAAAUGUUAGCAACUGGGGCCCAAGAUGGAAAAAUCAAGGUAUGGAAGAUUCAGAGUGGACAGUGUUUAAGGAGAUUUGAGAGGGCACACAGUAAGGGUGUCACCUGUCUAAGCUUCUCUAAGGAUAGCAGUCAGAUCCUUAGUGCUUCUUUUGACCAGACAAUUAGAAUUCAUGGUUUAAAAUCUGGGAAAACACUGAAGGAAUUUCGUGGCCAUUCCUCCUUUGUUAACGAAGCAACAUUUACACAAGAUGGACAUUACAUUAUUAGUGCAUCCUCUGAUGGCACUGUAAAGAUCUGGAAUAUGAAGACCACAGAAUGUUCAAAUACCUUUAAAUCCCUGGGCAGCACCGCGGGGACAGAUAUUACUGUCAACAGUGUGAUUCUACUUCCUAAAAACCCUGAGCACUUUGUGGUGUGCAACAGAUCAAACACGGUGGUCAUCAUGAACAUGCAGGGGCAGAUUGUCAGAAGCUUCAGUUCUGGUAAAAGAGAAGGUGGGGACUUUGUUUGCUGUGCCCUCUCUCCCCGUGGUGAAUGGAUCUACUGUGUAGGGGAGGACUUUGUGCUCUACUGUUUCAGUACGGUCACUGGCAAACUGGAGAGAACUUUGACAGUGCACGAGAAGGAUGUGAUUGGUAUUGCACAUCACCCUCAUCAGAACCUGAUUGCUACCUACAGUGAAGAUGGACUCCUAAAGCUCUGGAAACCAUAAUUCAACUUUCCUUUUUAAAUCAGUGAAAGCACAUACUUAAAUGAAGGCAUAGUCAUGUAAUGUGCUUUUUUUUUCUUUCUUUUUUUUUUGGCCCACUUUUCUAAGCAAAUAGAUUGUCUGAAUUAGUCACAAGAAUAAUUUUGUGAAAAUUCAUGUUUAAGUAGCAAGUAUCCCUUCCUUUUUUUAAUAUAUUUUUAAGGUACUAGUUUAUCUUCUAACUGGUGCAGUCACUUAAUGUUUUCAUUAAUCUUAUACCUGGAAAGUGAAAUACCGAUUUUCUAGAAAAAAAUUCUACUCCUUUGAUUAUUUGAAAUGCUGAUUAAAAUGUCCCUCCUAUAGUAAAACUUGUAAAUAAGGAACUAUAUCAUAUUCAGUAGCUGUAUUCUGUUCCAUCUUUUUUUUUUUUUUUUUUUUUUUUGAGAUGGAGUUUUGCUUGUUGCCCAGGCUGGAGUGCAGCGGCACGAUAUUGGUUCACUGCAACCUCCGCCUCCCAGGUUCAAGCGAUUCUCCUGCCUCAGCCUCCUGAGUAGCUGGGACUAUAGGUGUGUGAUACCAUGCCUGGCUAAUUUUUUUGUAUUUUUAGUGAGAUGGGAUUUCACCGUGUUGGCCAGGCUGGUCUCACACUCCUGACCUCAAGUGAUCCAACCGCCUUGGCCUCCCAAAGUGCUGAGAUCACAGGCAUGAGCCACCAUGCCCAGCCCAUCUUUUUUUUUUUGAAGAUGUUAAUAAACUUUAUACCUUUCUGGAGACUUUGUUCUAAAAUGUAAAUAAAUGCUCAUCUAGUUAACAUAUUUACUUAGAAUUUGGGAGGAGGAGUGACAUUAUUAUCCCCGAAUCUCAAGUAUAGCAGAAGUGAAUUCCUGGGAUAGUAGGAUAGACUAACAUGUAAAAAGGCCAGGUGAUGCAUAGGUUCUCAUUUCACUGCCCUCAGCUUUCCUCUCCUUCUGAGCUGUGCCUUCUCACAUGUUCAAUCAACUCCAGGGAAUAUUGUCUCCAUCUUCUGAAUAGAACUAGUUGCAGGAUCCGUUACAAGAAAUCAGAGUUUUGUCAUCUCCCCUUUGUACGUUGUAGGGGAUGGUUUGGCAUUGGAAAUGUGCUGUUGUUUCAAAGAAAAAUUAGCAAAAGUACUUGAGAUUUAGAAAAGUCUCCUUUGUAAUGUGCAUCAUUACCAGUUAGCUAAAGAAAAACAUGUAAAAGUCAACAAAACCCUUGAAAAUAUUUUGCAUAUGGAUGUCUGUUUCAUGUUUCAACUAAAGAUGUAUAGAGCACCUCUGAUGAUGAGGAAGAUACUGUGCUAGGCACUACUUUCAAGAAUGUGAGUUCUUGUUUCCACAGGCCUUUUGUGCCCCCUUUUAAAUGUUAGCAUUUAUUAGGUACACACUAAUGGGGAAGGUUUUUUUAAAGUUUUGCAGUCUUGUAAUUUACUUUUUUUAAAAAUUUAUUUUAUUUUUUUGAGAUGGAGUCUUGCUCUGUUGCCCAGGUUGGAGUGCAAUGGUGCCCUCUCAGCUCACUGCAACCUCCACUUCCCAGGUUCAAGCGAUUCUUGAUACUUCCCGAGUAGCUGGGAAUACAGGCACAUGCCACCAUGCCUGGCUAAUUUUUAUAUUUUUAGUUGGGGGGGGGGCGGGGAGUUUCACCAUGUUGGUCAGGCUGGUCUUGAACUCCUGACCUCAGGUGAUCUGCCUGCCUCGGCCUCCCAAAGUGCUGGGAUUACAGGCAUGAACCACCGCGCCCAGCCUUGUAAUUUACCUUUGAUUGUGACUUGAAAUGCAGUAUGAUCCUAUGUGGGGCACGUAGUAAUGUUCAGUGUUUGCUGAAUUAAUUCUGAGCGACACUAAGAAAUCCCUCUUUCCCAGUCAUAUUCUGUAACACAUUUCCCAUUUGCCACAAAACCUGCAGCUUUUUGGCCCAGGUAAUGUCAUUUGCUGCCAUUUUGAUGAUUUUAAAAUGGUCGUGGGAGUUGAACAUAGUCAUGAAUUCAGGAUUCCUGAGAAUGUAGACAGCCAUCCCAGUGGAAAGAAACGUUCACUUAAGUAAGAGAAGUUGAAGUUAGAAAGAGGAAACAGUUUAUGCUAAAAAAAAAUUUUUUAAAGUCUUUGAGAAGAAUUUUUGAUUUAGUUUUGACCUCAUGAAGCUGGUACUUAUGCAUAGUUUGUACCACCGUUUAUGAAGAUAGAGAAUCUAGUCAGCACGUGUUGGUUUAUUCUAGGAAUUUUUAUGGAACACUUCUGUUGCUGGCACCAAGUGCUGAAUAUGGUUUAAAAAAAGACUCGCCUAAACAUAGGGAAGAAGAGCAUAUUAAAAGGAGUAACUAAAACUGAUAAAAGCUCAAGUCACCUUUCUGAUGAUGAGAGGCGGGGCACUUAACGCGAAAGGGUUGGGAAAGGCUUCCUGGAGGGACUGGGAGGCGAUCUAAGCACAGGGAACCUUCCCGGGGACUGCAGUGUGGCAUAGCGGCAAGGUAUGUGCUGGGCAAAUGAUAGGUGUCUUGGGAGACAAGGCAAACAGAGCUGGAUUAGGAGCCAUUAAGUAUGUAUUUUUCUUUUUAAAUAAAAUAAUGCACUGGGUGAACAUGUAAACGCUAAGUUGAAAAUCUGCCUUUCCCAGGUAACCCUUGUUAAUCUUUCUACAACUUCAUUUCGUACAAACCUGAAAAAUAGUGUUUUUGUCUUUAAAUGGGCACACGCUCCUUAACACUGCUGGGCGCCCAGGCUUUCUGAAGCCCCAUGCGGCCGUCCCUCCAGCACUGAAGGCUGGGACAGCCCAGCUCCCCUCUAGCGCCCGCACAGCCAGACCGCGGCGGGGACGGGCGGCGCACGCGCGGGGCCGCCGCCCACGGCCGGAUCUGGGGCGCCGCCGCUCCGGGUGGGCGCCAGGCAGGAGUCCUAUCUUGGGUCCAGGGCCGGUAGAGCCCCUUACCGGGGGUAGGGAGACCGCGCACCCGCCAGAGCCAAGUGUCAGGGCCUGCAGACGUCGGGUGAAGCCACUGUUAAAAAAUUGGCGGUCACAUCGUGGUAAAGGCGGGUGGCAGCAGCUAAGCGAAGGGGAGUCGGCUGCUGGGAAUCACUGCGCACUUCUGAAUUGGGCGUGUGCAGUCGGUUCCUAGGGAAGUGCUCUGCUGCAGCCACCAGAUUUGACGGAUGCUGCUCUCCAGCUCUUAACAUAGAAGCUAAACUGGCGUUAAAAUUCCAUGAGCAUAAGGACAUUUGUCCUAUCCCCCAUUCAGCUGUUGAAUUAAUGACUGGAAAACAUUGCGCGGAGGUUUUUCGGGGUGAUAUGGUUUAUUUUUUAAACAGCAAAUGGUAUAAAUCUCAGAUACAAUUCAGUAUCUUCUUCACCAGUUUUUUUUUCAGCUUGUAUUAUUAGUACCACUAACAGCGUCUGUUGAGCCCUUCAUUGCUAUGUAAGCAGCCAUAUUUAAUUCUCAGAACAAUGUAAUGAGGGUGCGCAAAUACACAUCAUGAAACAGGUUUCCAGACGUGAGGGACCUAACUCAUUCCAACUUGCAUGAAGCUGGUAUUGAAAACCAGAUGUGACUCCAAAGCUAGAUUUCUUUUCUCUCUUGCCUCACUCUUAAUAUUGCUUAAGUUUCUCCUCAAUCUUUAGGUUUGGGCAGGGGCAAAGAAUACAUGGGUUGUUCUUCCACAUUCUGCAAAAACAUUUACCUAAGCAGAGCACAGGUAGUGAGAUGAGUAGAGAACCGAAUUACAAGAUUCUGGAUGUCAGUCUUUGCUGUCACUUCUUUGGCUUGUGCUAGAACAGUGGUUCUUAAAGUGUCACCUGAUAAAUUGCUUGAAAGACACAUUCUAAGGUCCUGUCCCAGACCUACAGAAUCAGAAACUGGUGGUGGGGACCCAGCAAGCAUGCUCAAAUUUGAGAACAGGUAGACUACAGGGUAGUUUCCGCAUAUACAAAAGGUGUUUUAAUUCUUGCUGUCAGUCUCAGAAGGUUCAUGCUGAGAUAACCAAAUUUAAAUGAUAAAGGUGCAAGACUGUCUCUUAAAAUCACAUUUUUUCAAAUUGCCAUAGCUUGCUAGUGUUCUCAUUCACUGUGCUCUUAAAGCUUCAUUUUCCACUAUUUUAAGAGAAGAAAUUGCUAUGAAGUGUAUGUCCAAGUUAGGAAGUUCCCUGGACUGAGCUUGUUUAAAACUUGCAAUAGGCCAGGUGCAGUGGCUCAAGCCUGUAAUCCCAGCACUUUGGGAGGCCGAGGUGGGCGGAUCAUGAGGUCAGGAGUUCGAGACCAGCCUGGUCAACAUGGUAACACCCCGUCUCUACUAAAAGAUACAAAAUUCGCUGGGCAUGGUGGCUCACGCCUGUAGUCCCAGCUACCUAGGAGGCUGAGGCAGGAGAAUAGCUGGAACCUGGGAGGCAGAGGUUGCAGUGAGCUGAGAUUAUGCCACUGCACUCCAGCCUGGGUGACAGAGCGAGACUUGGCUUAAAAAAAGAAAAAAAAUCAACAACAAAAAACUUGCAAUAGCAGGGGCUGCCCAUUACUUAACCUUCCACAGCAAUUUUAACAGUGGUAUUCUGUUCCAGUGGUUAAUAUUAAAUCUAUGUGUCAGUAUUGGUGGCUUUCAACCUUGGCUGCGCAUAAUCAUUUUGAUGCUUAGGCUACACCUAGCCAAGUUAUACAGAACCCCUGGAGGGUGGGACCUGAUCAGUGUUUUAAUGUUUCCCGGGUAAUUCCAAUGGUAGCCAAGGUUGAGAACCAGUACCACAUGUACAAAAAAGUUGAGAAGCUAAUUUCAUGUACAGAAAAUUUGCCACUGUUCCAAGAGCACUCUCAAGGGACAUAAUUGGCCUCUAUUCCUAUUCUCUACAAGUAUGAACGGGCAGGAGAAGCAUCACAGAGAAAGCAGAGUUAGUGCUGGAACUUGUAUUUUUGUGAUGUCCUUGGUUGUUUUAAGGGGCUUUGUUUUUUCAUAGGUUCUCCCUCAUUACGUUGUUCUGAGAAUUAAAUAUGGCUGCUUACAUAGUAAUAAAGGGCUCAACAGAGGCUGUUAGUGGUAAUAAUACAAGCUGAAAAACUACACAAACCUAUCAGUUUCUGCCUCUUCAGGAUAUAACUAUUAGGUUAGUGCAAAAGUAAUUGUGGUUUUUGCCAUUAAAAGUAAUGGCACAUUACUUUUGCACCAACCGACCUAAUAUGACUUUUAGUGUUCUUAGGAUUUUUAAUUGUAAAACAUAUAUAACAAAAUUCCCAAACAAUUGUGCAAUUCAGUGGCAUUAUUUACAAUGUUAUGCAACCACUAUUGUAUUUCCAAAAUGUUAUCACCCUAAAACAGAAGCCCUGUAACAUUGUCAAUUAACUUCUCCUUCCCCUCCCCUGAGCCUUUGGUACUGUUCUGCCUCAAUGCAUUUGCCGUUUAGUUCAUGUAAGUGAAAUUAUACAAUAUUUGUCCUUUUG